AUUAUUAAAAAUUAUAGAAUCUAAUAUGAAAGGCUGAUACAUGUAUUAGAAAGUUAAAUAUUUUUUGAUAGUUAUGUGCUUUUGAUUGAGUAAAAAUGUAACUCGUUCCAUUAUUUUAUCUACAUGCAUAAGAGAUUGUGUUGCAUAUACAUAUACACAUAUUAAAUAUUGUGCUAUUGAAAAAAAAAUGUAGAGGAAUGCAAUUUAGGACACGCAAACAACCUAUUUAUUUUAUAUACAGCGGAUACUCUAAUAAAUUUGAAUAGUGGAAUUAAUAAAUAGUAAUUAACCAACGACCAAUCAGUACAUAACAGAAAAGUGUAAAAAGAAUAUAAAAUAAAACAAAAAAUGUGCAAUUUGUAAAAAAUGGUUCUCAUUUAAAAGUGUUCUUGUGUAGCGUCACGAAAAGAAUUGAGAAGCAAAAUCGAUUUAUGAAAAUUUAUCUUCAUAAACAUUGACAACUUUAGUUAAUUUUUGCAGUCUGAUAAAUUGUAAAGUUUUCACUUUGCUUGCGUCGACAACUCCAAUUGGAAAGAACACCAGCAAAAACUCUUCAUCUGUGAUUCUAUCAUAGAAGACUUUUAAGUUUUCUAUAUAUGCAAUGACUUUAAGAGGACAAUAUAAAAUAGUAAAUUUUUAGUUGGAUUGCUGUUACGAACUAGUACCUGUAACUUACGAUUACAGUUUCACACAUUCACAUGGUGACUUAUAAUAAUGCUUUCAGGGAAUAUCGAAGAGUUCCGGAGAAAGUUUACUGUUGUACAGCAACAGCGCUCAGCCCCGCCAACAUUGCCGGUGCCAAAUUUUGCAUUAACGCCGCAAAGAAUAACGGCGUAUGGUCCUCUAGAUGGAGCACAAGCAAUUCCUUUGCAAGAACCCGAACGUACCUACGUCUUUCCCGGAGCUGUAAAUAUUGGCGGGGGGCUUGGCGGAGGCGUUAUCGGUAGUAUGGCGACAGGUAUACCUGGCGUGGCUGUGGUAUCUGCAUCUUCCCAUAAUCUCAGCGUUGGUACAACUAGUCGCGGUCAUAUACGAUCUGUAAGCCAUGGCGGUGGUACCAUUUUGGGUCCGAGUGGUCGCCCAAUAAAAUCAGCUAUGAAAGGACAUCAACGCGCUUUUUCGCAAGGUCAAAUUACAGAUUCACCAGGUACGACUGGCCCCACACGCGGUCAUAGUCGUGUUAGUUCGAAAACAGAUUUUAUCCUUCCACCUGGUCACAAGGAAGAAACUGAAACUCGUGAAUUCGGAGCAUCUGUUACAUCGUCAUCAGGUGGUCGUGGUCAUUCUCGGCAAGCAUCCCGCUCAGAAUCAAUAUACACACUGCGGCGCUCCGAAACACCAUCUUGGUGGAAGCGUACAUUAGUUUGCCAAAGUGAAAAGUUCGAUGAACGAAGUUAUCGAAUAGUUAUACCUAAUCAUACAGUUCCACCAAAAACUCCAAAACGCGAUCACCCGAAUGGCGAUUUUGUAGGUAAUAAGAUCCGCACUACAAAAUACACUUUGCUUUCGUUCGUACCAAAAAAUCUACUGGAGCAAUUCCAUCGAGUCGCGAAUUUAUAUUUUAUUUUUAUCGUAUUACUGAAUUGGUUUCCGGCUAUAAACGCUUUCGGUAAAGAAGUUGCUAUGAUUCCAGUUCUGUUUGUGCUUGGUGUUACAGCAGUUAAGGAUUUAUUCGAAGAUAGACGUCGUCGUUCUUCGGACAAACGAAUUAACAAUACGACAUGUCGUAUUUAUGACAGUGAAACGGAGCGGUAUAAGAAAAUAAAAUGGCAAGAUGUUCGCGUUGGUGACUUAGUUCAUUUAUCGAAUAAUGAAACGGUACCAGCAGACAUAUUACUUUUAAGAACUAGCGACUUGCAUGGCGCCUGUUACAUCGACACUUGCGAUUUAGAUGGUGAAACCAAUCUUAAACGAAGAGAAGUUGUUCGGGGUUUCACCGAUAAACAGAAUAUGUUCACCCCAAGUAAAUUCGUGAGUCGUAUUGAAGCUGACGCGCCCACCACAAAACUUUACAGAUUCCAUGGAGCCUUGAUACAUCCGACAGGGGAGCGUGUUCCCAUUGCAACCGAAAACUUGCUUCUAAGGGAAAGCCGCUUGAAGAACACUGAUUUCAUUGAAGGAAUCGUGAUAUAUACAGGCCACGAAACCAAAUCAAUGCUUAACAACAGUGGGCCUCGAUAUAAACGUUCGCAAGUCGAACAGCAGAUGAAUAUUGAUGUGAUAUGGUAAAUGUAACUAUUAAUUAUGCUCGAUGACUCUAAGGAUAUAGUUUUUUAGUUUUUCGGAAACGAGAUUGAAAGUGACUAUAGUAAUAUACAUACAUAGUAUAGAUAUGAGAGGAAAGUAAAUGAUUAAUAGUGUUGAAAAAAUUCCUAUUUGUUUCUUAUGCAUCACAAUUGGCAAAAAUAUAUGUAUAUUUAAAAGAC